GACGAAAUCUGGCGUUGUGGUCAUGGCGUGCAGCUGUCCAUUCCCGACCAUCCAAGAAGGGGGGCAAAGAAUGCCCGGGGAAGCCGGCGAGCUGGCCCCUGGCGGCAGCUUGGAACCGGUCCUCCCCCUCCUCCCACCCCUCCCUCCCCGUCGCUCUCGAUCUUCACCUCCUCCUAAUUUAACCCCACCCGGCCUCCCCGGCUCCCGCCGAACCCGUCCCCCCUUAACAUCCCUUCCUCCUCCUCCUGCGGUCCCUACUCCCAGGAGGUGGGCAGGAAGGAAGGCUGGUUCGAGGGGGGAUCGGCUCCGGCUCUGCUCCGUCGCGCGCCAUUCCGCUGGGUUCUGGUUGCUUCGGCCGUUUCUUGGGGUCAACAUUGGAAGGCCAAUCGGUUGUUGGGGGGUCCUUCCUGAACCGCAAAGAUGGCACUGUCGUUCCAAGCGUCUUCGUUGGAUUUGACCUCUUCGCCUUGUGGUCUGCUGCCGUUGAUUGAGCUCGAAGAUGAUGAAAUGGGGGCUCAGCAGCGGCACGCCCGCGGAUUCCUACUACGAGGUCCGGUCGGAUUGCACGGACGAUGUGCCCAAGAGCAAGUUCAAAAUCAAGGCUGGCAGAACAUUAAGUGCUCGGAAAUGGCAUGCUGCAUUUAGUCCCGAUGGCUGUCUGGAUAUUGCCUCAGUCCUAAGCCGGAUACAAAGAGGAGGUGUGCAUCCAACAGUCAGGGGGGAGGUUUGGGAAUUCUUACUUGGCUGUUUCGAUCCCAGAAGUACCUUUGAUGAGAGGGAAGAGAUCAGGCAAAUACGCAGGUUACAGUAUGCCAGGUGGAAGGAAGACUGUCGAGAGAUGGAUUCUCAUGUUGGUAGCGGUAAAAUUAUCACAGCACCACUUAUCACUGAGGAUGGCAGACCUAUUAAGGAUCCUCUGGUUUUACUUGAGGCUACUGCCGACAAGAACGAUUCAGAAGGUGCUCCAGCUACCAGCAGAAAUAAUGGAAUUGAAAUAGAUGAAACUGCAGAACGCAUUACAGAUAAGCAAAUUAUUGAGUGGAAGUUGACAUUACAUCAAAUCGGGCUUGAUGUGUUACGCACUGAUCGCACCAUGGUAUUCUAUGAGAACAAAGAGAACCUUUCCAAAUUAUGGGAUAUUCUAGCUGUGUAUGCAUGGAUUGACAAGGAUGUCGGUUACUGUCAAGGAAUGAGUGAUUUAUGCUCACCAAUGAUAGUGCUACUCAAUGAUGAAGCAGAUGCAUUUUGGUGCUUUGAGAAAUUGAUGCGUAGAUUGCGCGGAAAUUUCAAAUGCACGGAUGGCUAUGGUCAAAUAUAUACAAAGGAUCCUCAAAUUUAUAUUCACACGAAACAGGAUAUUCUUAUGUUCCAUUUAUAUGCCAAUAAAAUUGAGGUGCAGGUCUUAGUGACACUUGGCUGCAAAAACUCUAUGUUUUGAAUUCACUAAUAUAAAAUAUAUCAACUAUCAUAAGUUUGUUGCAAAAUGAACUGCAUUAAUAAUUAUUCUAAAAUUGACUGUGAUGAGAACAAA